AGCGGCAAACCAGUUUCGCUUGCUUGGAUGUCACAUGCCUUUUGGGUUUUCCUUCCUGAACAAAUACAGUUGCAUGGCCCUGUGUGUUGGCCCCAUUGCAGACAUGACAGUACAGACAGGUUAAAUAGUUAAACAGCUGUGAGGAUAUGUAUGCUGUGGCUUUAAAUCUGUAACAGGAAGCUAGGCAAGGGAGCAGGGCUGGGUAAAAUUCUAAGUAGAAAUUCAGCAGCGAAGCAGAGAGAGAGAAUGGCUUUAGGGAUAAUACUGUUUUCCUUGUUCUAAUAAAGUUCCUUGUUCAGCAUUGGGAGAAACCAACUCUCUCUCUGAUUGGUUACCACUGUCACAUGCCAGUUCCUUGUUCAGUGUUGGAAGAAAGGACUCUCUCUUCUUAACCAUUGUCACAUGAUGAGGGUUCCUGCUGCAGCUGCCUGUUUUCUUCCCAGGAGCCUAGACUGAGCAACUGCUGCUUCCCUCCUCUCCUCUCUACACUAUCUGCCUUAUUUAAAGACCCUUCUGUUACUAGCCAUGCUGGGGACUGUCUCCGACUGUAACUAGCCUCCUAGGGGAAGCCCUGGACUCUGCAAACACUAACUCCUGAGACGGAGAUUCCAGGAUUUCCCAUUCCUAAAUAAGACAUGAUCUCCAGCCGGGAAUGAGAGGAAGAGCCGCAAAUCCCCACUCUCUAGAGCUACAAUGAAAAGGAGAUGCUGAGUGGCACCUGCGCAGGUGAUAGGAUUAUGAGUGAAAAUGAGGAGUAUGCCCACCAGGAAGGUCCUGAGUUCAUGGAACCAUGUGGCACAUUAUCUGGAAUAUCUCAAAAGAAUAUUUCCCAGAGUCCUGAGCAGAGCAAAGCCUAUGAGGGUCAGCACAGAUCAGAAAGGCAUCAGACAACUGCUCCAGAGAAGAGGCAAGGUAAAUCAACUACUUGUGAAAGAGGUUUCAGGAAACUGCCAGACAUUGACCAGCUGGGAAACCCCACUAUGGGGAGAUCAACAGUAUGCGGUGACUGUGGGAAAAGCUUCAGGGUGAGCUCAAACUUCAGACAGCAUCAGAAAAUCCACACUGGAGAGAAACCUUUUGCAUGUGCCGAGUGUGGGGAAAGCUUCCGGCAGCGGUCUCACCUUAUUCAGCAUCAGACAAAGCACACGGGGGAGAGACCUUAUGAAUGUACCGAGUGUGGGAAAAGUUUCACUGUGAGCUCAAACCUUAUUCGGCAUCAGAUAAUCCAUACUGGAGAGAAACCCUAUAAAUGUGCCGAAUGCGGGAAGAGCUUUAGUGGGAACUCACAGCUUAUCCAGCACCAGAGAAUCCACACAGGUGAAAAACCCUAUGAAUGCAGUGACUGUGGGAAGAGCUUCAGUGUGAGCUCAGCCCUUACUCGUCAUCAGCGAACCCAUACUGGAGAGAAACCUUAUGAAUGCACCAUGUGUGGGAAAAGCUUCAGUCAGAGUUCAGACCUUAUGAAACAUCAGAGAAUUCACACAGGAGAGAGGCCCUACGAAUGCACUGACUGUGGAAAGAGCUUCUGUGUGAGCUCUCAUCUUAUUCAGCAUCAGAGAAUCCAUACAGGAGAGCGACCCUAUGAGUGUGCUAAUUGUGGGAAAAGCUUUAGUCAGAGCUCAGACCUUAUGAAACAUCAGAGGAUCCAUACAGGAGAGAGACCGUAUGAAUGUGCUGAGUGUGGAAAGAGCUUUAGUUGGAGCUCGGCACUUAUCAAACAUAGCAGAAUCCACACAGGGGAGAGACCCUAUGAAUGCAAAGGCUGUGGGAAAAGCUUCAGUCAGAGCUCGCACCUUGUUCAGCAUCAGAGAAUCCACAUGGGAGGGAAUCCAAUAAUGUGUGAUGAUUGUGGGAAAAGCUUCAGAGUGAGCUCAAACCUCAGACAGCACCAAAGAAUCCACACUGGAGAGAAACCUUUUGGAUGUGCCGAGUGUGGGGAAAAUUUCCGUCAACGAUCACACCUUAUUCAGCAUCAAAGAAUCCACACAGGGGAGAGACCCUAUGAAUGUUCUGAAUGUGGGAAAAGCUUCAGUAUGAGCUCAAAACUCAUUCGGCAUCAGAUAAUCCACACAGGAGAAAAACCCUAUAAAUGUGCCGAAUGUGGCAAGAGCUUUAGUGGGAACUGGCAGCUAAUCCAGCAUCAGAGAAUCCACACAGGAGAGAGACCCUAUGAAUGUGGUGACUGUGGGAAGACUUUCAGUGUGAGCUCAGCCCUUACUCGUCAUCAGAGAACCCACACUGGAGAGAAACCGUAUGAAUGUGCUGAGUGCAGGAAAACCUUCAGUCAGAGCUCAGAGCUUAUGAAACAUCAAAGAAUCCACACAGGCGAGAAGCCCUAUGAGUGUGCUGAGUGUGGGAAGAGCUUCAGUGUGAGCUCUGCCCUCAUUCAGCAUCGGAGAUUCCACAUGGGGGAAAGACCUUAUGAAUGUGCUGAGUGUGGGAAAAGCUUCACAGUGAGCUCACACCUCAUUCAGCACCGGCGAUUCCACACGGGUGAAAGGCCCUAUGAAUGUGCUGACUGUGGGAAAAGCUUCCUUUGGAGAUCAGCCCUUCUUCGACAUCGGAGAAUCCACACAGGAGAGAGACCCUAUGAAUGCACCGAAUGUGGGGAAAGCUUCCGUCAGAGUGCGCAUCUUAUCCAACAUCGCCGAAUCCACACUGGGGAGAAACCCUAUGAAUGUGCUAACUGUGGGAAAGGCUUCACUGUGAGCUCUGCCCUUAUUCGACAUCAGAGAAUCCACAUUGUGGGGGAGAAACUGCCAGACAUUAUCCAGCUAGGAAAUCCCAAAAUGGGGAAAUCAAUAAUAUGUGAUGACUGUGGGAAAAGCUUCCGGCUGAGAUCAAACCUCAGACAACAUCAAAGGAUUCACACUGGAGAGAAACCCUUUGGAUGUGCUGAGUGUGGGGAAAGCUUCCGGCAGCGCUCACAUCUUAUUCAGCAUAAGACAAAGCACACGGGGGAGAGACCUUAUGAGUGUACCGAGUGUGGGAAAAGCUUCAGUAUGAGCUCAAAACUCAUUCGGCAUCAGAUAAUCCACACAGGAGAAAAACCCUAUAAAUGUGGUGAGUGUGGCAAGAGCUUCAUUGGGAACUCCCAGCUUAUCCUGCACCAGAGAGUCCACACGGGUGAGAGACCCUACAAAUGUGGUGACUGUGGGAAGAGCUUCAGUGUGAGCUCAGCCCUUACUCAACAUCAGAGAACCCACACUGGAGAGAAACCUUAUGAAUGCGCCAAGUGUGGGGAAAGCUUCCGGCAGCGCUCGCACCUUAUUCAGCAUCAGAGAAUCCAUACGGGUGAGAGACCCUAUGAGUGUUCCGAGUGUGGGAAGAGCUUCAGUGUGAGCUCUGCCCUCAUUCAGCAUCAGAGAUUCCACACGGGGGAAAGACCUUAUGAAUGUGCUGAGUGUGGGAAAAGCUUCACAGUGAGCUCACACCUGAUUCAGCACCGGAGAGUUCACACAGGGGAAAAGCCCUAUGAAUGUGCUGACUGUGGGAAAGGCUUCCUUUGGAGAUCAGCCCUUCUUCGACAUCAGAGAAUCCACACAGGACAGAAACCCUAUGAGUGUAGUGAGUGUGGGGAAAGCUUCCGUCAGAGCGCGCAUCUUAUUCAGCAUCAGAGAAUCCACACUGGGGAGAGACCCUAUGAAUGUGCCGACUGUGGAAAGAGUUUCACUGUGAGCUCUGCCCUCAUUCGACAUCAGAGAAUCCACGUGGGAGGGAAACCCUAAAAACCCUGAAAGCUUCAUGUCAGAUAUCCCUCCAGAGUCUCCCAAUGGAUAGUAGCCAGGCAUGUUUCUUGUUUUGAGUCCAUAAGGCUCUUCUGUUUUCACAGAGAAUGAAAAAUGCCUUGUUGAGGAUAGUCAAGUUAAACAAAGAGGAAAUGUUGGUGUCGAGAGAUGAGUCAUAUAGGGGUCUGAGGUGUGGAGAGGAAUGUAUGCUGGGAACCAGAGCCAGAAACCAGGAGGUGCUGUGGGCAGCAGGAGGAUGGAGCAUUUGGAGAUAAAAGGGAAGCUGUUGGUAUAAUUGGAGAGAAGUCAUGUUGUGAAGGUUGUCAAUAAACAUACAUUUAAGAGAAAAGAUAAAAUUGCCCUAUUCCCCUAUACCCAGGAUGGGCUGUAAACAAUUUAUAGUGAGAUUUCACUGUCAAAUGGGGCUUUUGGGGUAUUUCAGGGCUCGUUGCUGUGUAAUAUCAAGACGAGUGGGGUAGGAGUAGGGUUCUUUUAUUUCUGGCUCUGCUAGGGAUUGUUUUCUAGUGGUUUAGAGAAGGAGGUGGAGAGUCAGGGCUCUUGGGUUCUACUUCCAACUCUGUCAUUGAUUUUUUUUCAGUGACCUUAGCUCACUUCACCUUGCUGUACCUUGGUUUCCCUGUCUGUAAAACGGAGAUAAUAAUCACCUACAUCACAGGGGGAUUGUACUAGUUAAUAUUUAUAGUACAGUAGUGUCCAUAGGCCCCAAUGACAGUCAUGGCCACGUUGUGUUAGGUGCUGCACGAACAGGAUUACAUGGUUCCUGUCUGGAAGAGUUUACAGUUUAAAAAAACAGCUUUUUGGGGAUUCUCUUGUACCUGUUACGAACUUGGAAUAUUAACAGAGUUAUGGGAUUAAGGAUUCUUUUAGUUUUUCCUCUGAGUGUGGUUACUGCUGCAUCUGGAAAUGCUACAGCAUAUGAGUUUAAUUCUAGUUUCAAAACACAUCAUCUUUAUUAUUUUUUAAAUUCCUAAUAAAAACUUGCUUAAAAAUCCAUGUCUCUUCCAGUUGCCUGGAAAUUUUCUCACUGUCAAGAAGUAUGUCAAAAAGAUCCCAAAAUAGGGUUAGCAUAAAUCACUAUAUCCAGCCCAUUUACAAAUGCUUGUGAACAUCAGGAAUUGGGUACGUGGAAACACAAGGGAUCAUUCAGGUUCUGGCUGUAUUAAAGAAAUUGCACCAAUAUAAUAACUGUAGAUGUGCUGCACAGCACAAAUUGGGGCUGUCAUCAAAGAAACUCAGUCUGGUAACAUUGAUGUAGUGACACUGGUGCAAAUUUCCUUAUUGUAGACAGGGUGUUAGAACUGGCAUUGCUCCUUCCUAAGAGACUGCUUAUACGGACACUUCAGCUGGAGACAGUGUACCCUGUCUUCUUCUUUCUGGAGUGUCUUCAGCACUAUUCUUCUCUCUGUGGCUUCCAUUUAUCUUUUAAGAAUUUAGCAAAUUUUCUUUGUUUAAACUGAACAGCCAGAGCUUGUUUUCAGAUGUUCUGGCCAGACUCCAUCUCAGGCUUUUGGUUCCCAUCAGAUGUCCGGCUAUUGUCUUGUGGUGCUUUUUGGAAUUCCCCCAAUUUCCUGUUCUGUCCCUUUCUCUGGAUUAAACCUCCCCCCCCCCAUACUCCACUGGUCUAUUUUCUCUCAAAGCCCCCCCCCCCCCUUGGAGGUUCGGGCUCCAUAAAACUCAAGCACCAAUGACAGACCACUUGUGAUCAUCUGAAUAUUGUCUGCUAAGUGAAGUUAUAAGAUUCCACUGUACGGUGUUAUUAACACGUUCCAAACUGAGGCUGGCAAACAGGUCUGUCUCAAACAAAGGAAUGUGUGCUCUGCUUAAUUUGUAUUUAUAUUGGGGUAGAGGUGUAUGUACAUUGUUUGUGAACUUCAAGUUGAACAUGUAGUUAACAGUUCACUCCCCAUCCAGGGUAUGUGACUUGGCCAGAGAGCCAAGCCACAAAGACCCAGAGAGGGAGUCAGGAGAAAGCGCUGGCUUGCACUGACCCUCGCAGAGCCAAGGAAGUGGCCACAAAGGUGGGUAUGAGGGACAAGGACCCCUUGCAGCAUCGCACCCUGACUUCCUCUCUGGGUUUCCUGUGGGUUGGCCCUCUAUGCAAAUCAUAUUAUGGUAAUGAUAGCUCUAGCCUUUGGCAGAGUUGUCUUACAAUGGUUGUUUCAAUAGACUCCGAGCACCCAUCUCUGGAAUGGGAGGUCACUGCUUGUGAGUCACCAGAAAUGGAAUACAUGUAGGCGACAUAUCUUGAACAAUCACAGUUGCUGUAGAGUAAGUAACCAUUCUUUUCUCUUUGCCCUGGGCAGCCCUAAUUUGCCAUGUGGCCCCAAAUCAGGGAGUUACCAAUGGUUCCAUGGUCCUCUCUUUUCAUUCUGUCCAAGUGCAAUUCAGGUAGAGUGAAGAAUCUAGGUCCAAGUGUCUAGUUUAUCUACUACAGCUACCCAUUGUCCAAAUGUGCAUUGUAAAUUCUGUCCUGAUCCACUUACUGGCAUAGUGAUUUUCAGGCCUAUUUGACCAUGCAUGUGGAAUACUAAAAAAAAAAUUACCUUUGAACAGAAGUGCUAUUUCAACCUUAAUUCUGCUGCAGCUGUGAAGCUGCUCCAUAACCUACAAAUUGUAUCCAGUGCUACUCUCCAACCAAACUAUCUAUGCAGAUUAAGUGGUAUCUAACCUGUAAUGCAGACAUACCCAGUCAGGUAUAUUACCCCUGUGUCUCACCAUCUUCUUAAUAUUUCACCAAAGGGGGUUUUGUCUGGUCUCUGCCAAAAGCUAAGAACUAUCUGAUUGUUAUGGUUAUUGUGAGAUGUUUGUACAGGAAAAUAGUUUUAGAGUUAUUUAACAUGCAGGAUAUGAUGUUCCAAAACUGUUGGAAAUGAAACUUGUCAUCUGAGGCAGGGAGUCUGAGUGUUGACUCCGUCAACAUUGAAAACAAUUGACGUGGAGCCAGCCCGAGUCCCGUGUUUGCUGUCUGGUUCAGAUGUAGGCUUGCGCAUUUACAAAGACAAAAGAGCUGCAAGAAAAGUCUGACAAGGGAACCCCCUGCUGUAAGAGACAAUAGUCUGUAACCGUAUAAGAGAAGAAGAAAGGGCACAAGAUGGUAUCCAUCAUAGAGGUGAUAUUCAGCCAGUGGGACUGUCUCAUGAAAAGUGAAUCCCAGCUCUUUGGACUAUACAAGUGCUCUAAGGACUGACCAUUGGGUGAGAAAUACCUUAUUAGACAGGAAAAUAACUUGUUAACAGGUAUAGGCUGUAGGUUCAUAGAACCACAGGGUUAGAAGGAACUUCAAGAGUCAUCUAGUCUAAUCCCCUGCCAAGAUGCAGGAUUUGUUGUGUCUAUACCAUCCUAGACAGAUGGCUGUCCAGCCUCCUUUUGAAAACCUCCAGUGAAGGAGCUUCCACAACCUCCCUAGGCAGGAAGUUUUAUAUUUUUCUUUUACCUGUAACCUUAUGUUUCCAAAUCCUUUUAACUUGCCUUAGUUGAAUCCUUAACUCAACCUUUGUUAAAUAAACGUAAGUUUGGUUUACUAUAGCUAUGUCUGAGUGCCUUGUGCCAAUGAGAAUGCUGAACUGAAAUGAAGCCACUAAACUGGAGUGCACGGCUUCCUUGGAGUUGGCAGAUGUCCAGAAGACAAUGGACUGGGUACUCAAGUAUAGCAAGGUGGAGUGUGCUAAUUGCGAGUUUCCAGACGGAGAGAGUGGGGGCUGCAUAGCAGUUGUGUUUCCAGCAGCCAGUAGUUAGGGAGAGUUUCCCCUGGUGGGCACAGACAAGGCUCCCUCCUGCUGUGAAUGGAUGGUAGUGAUUUACCCCAAAAGUGUCACCUACACCUAACAUGUCUCUUCACCUCUACCCAGCUCCUAGUCUUGGGGAAGUGUUUUGUUUUUUAUUUCUUUAUUUCAGUUUAUAACAAUAUUUUGAAAGGCAUCUUUGAUGUAAAUUAUCAAACUAGGAAAUCACCUGUAAACUAAUGGGUUAAAUCUCUGCAUGCUGGAAGCAAAGCUCCAAAUGAGGCGGUCAGAGCCGACUGAGUGGAUAUUAUAGCAACUGGCUUGUCUGACCUCCUGGGUUGCACUGGCUCAUCACUGGGCACUAGCCUUCUGGAGGUCUGAGUUGCCAUGCUUGGAGACUCUGGCUGUCCUGUGAGCCAUUACUACCUGGAAGGACCUGGCCCUCUACAGCACAUUUGUUUCUUGAGAUGCACUAUCAUAAUUGCUGCAAGAGUAUAGAGCUGUCUGGAUGAAGAACUACUGCUGCACUGUAAAAGCCACAGAAACAUUUUAGAGGUUCAUAAGUCACAAAGAUUUGUGCAUGGCAGAUUCAAUUUCAGACAUUAAAUGCCUUGUAAAAAGAAGUAAAUGGAAAAUAUAGGUCUGUAGCUGACAUAAAUGAUUUCUUAUAAACAAGCAGUAAUCAUAAUUCAUCCAUUCACUAUAAACUCAAUCCUGUCAGUUAAGCAAGAGUCAAAGCUAAAUGCAUCAGGGAUCUUGGUAGGAUUUAUCAAAUGAAGAUCUCAAUCCCUUUUGUUUCAGUGGCUUUGAAUUCCCAGAUUUUUGGUCAUCUGUUAUAAAUUUCAACUUUCAGUCAGUAUUCCAAGCCUAUUUCCGAAUUAUUGAUUGAUUUUCAGUUUUGGUGGAAGCGGGUACUAUUCCUGUACACGGAUGCUCAGAUUUCCUCCCAAUAAAUGCUGCCAUACUGACAAUGACAGACAAUAUAUAAGUAUUGCCUUCAGAGGGGAGAGUAAGCUGGUCCGAUCCGGUGUACUGGCAAGAGCCGGUACACAGCCAACCGUACCAGUAUGCGGCAGCUUCCCCAGGUGGGCAAUUUAAAAGGGUCCUGGGCUCCUGGCAGCAGCCAGAGCCCCUGGCCCUUUAAAUUGCUGCCAGAGCCCUGGGGCUCCCAGCCGCUGCCGCAGCUACAGCUACCAUGGAGCUCCAGUAGUGAUUUAAAGAUCCCCUUUGAGUUCUGCCAUGCCUGCCCACAUUAUGAAUGAAAUAGCAUAUGAAUGGGAAUGACUUUCUCCUAUAUGGAAUAUGCUAUAAGCUAGAAACCAUGAGUUCUAGUCCCAGCUGUUCUGUUAAUAUAUCUGCAUAUUUCACAACUGUUUUGAGGACAGGCAACUAUUAUGUAAGUGUUUCAUUGUGAUGAUAACUGAGAGCUUGCACAAUGUCACUUCAGGCAGAGCUGGGAAUAAAAACCAGGUAUCUGUUAUGACAGACCCAAAUAUUUCCACUUUGCCAGACUGCCUCUCAGAAUGAGCAUGCCAAAACUGUGCUUGGCUAUCUCUAACCACUAGACUGUAAAAAGAGUACUUGUGGCACCUUAGAGACUAACAAAUUUAUUAGAGCAUAAGCUUUCGUGAGCUACAGCUCAC